AUGUCGGAUCCGUUCGCACCACAAGCGAACGAUCAGCAGUCAUACUUGGCAGCUCUUGAGAAACGUCUGAAAGCAGUGAAAGAUAAAAAGAAGAUUGACUCGAAAUCAAUCUUAAAGGAUAUUGAGUCGUUAAAGAACGAUCAACUUUUCAAAUUGUUGUCGCAACCAGAUAAACCGACGCCCAUCGAAGAGAAGUUCGACGACGAUUUCGUUCCACAGGAUAAGCCGAUUAAGCCGAGUCUUCUCCGACAAAAAGUGGUUCCCCAGACGUGUGCCAUCAAUAAGAACGAGCUCGCUCACAUUGUGAAAUACGAUUUGACACAGAAACUGCACGAAUUUUACUGCCAACUCGACGAGAGUGUAGAAGACCGGCAAGAGUCACAAGAACUGCUCCGCGAGCUUCAAGAACUUUCAAAUGAACUUGAACACCAAAAACUCGAAGAAGAAGUCCCCGAGAAGGAGGAGAAAGGAGCACAGACAGGGAAUGAAUCCGAAAAAUGUGUCAAAGAAUCGCUCAAGGAGAGCUCUGAAGCUUUUUAA